UCAGUAAAGUUGAAUUGAAAUUUCGACGCAGCAAGUCUCCGAGAAAAAAAAGUCAACAGCGCUUGUUCAUUACUGCCCACUCAUUGUAUGCUUGUUCUAGUAAAAUUGUUCACGGCGGGAUUGUCCCUAAACGCGCGGUGGGAUUGCACAGACGUGUAUCCAAAUCUUCUAUCCUCUUAAAUUUUAGCUUAUUCCGAUGGCUAGCAGUAGCAGAAACUCUUCAACUUUAGCUCUCAGAAAUUACUAUUAUGAUGUGUUUGUGAGCUUCAGAGGUGAAGACACUCGCUACAAUUUCACCGAUUUUCUUUUCCACGCUCUCCAAACACAAGGCAUUUUUGCAUUUAGGGAUGACAAUAAUCUUCCAAAAGGUGAAUCCAUUAGACCCGAGCUCCUUCAUGCAAUCCAACACUCUCAGGUUUAUGUUGUCGUCUUCUCAACAAACUAUGCUUCCUCAACUUGGUGCUUGCAAGAACUGGAAAAGAUAUGUGAAUGCGUUCAAAUGUCUGGAAAACAUGUUCUUCCUGUUUUCUAUGAUGUUGAUCCUUCUGACGUCAGACAUCAAAGAGGGAUUUAUGCUGAAGCCUUUUCCAAACAUGAACACAGAUUCCAACAUGACUCCCAGAUGGUGUCAAGAUGGAGGGAAGCUCUAACACAGGUUGCAAAUCUCUCUGGAUGGGAUCUUCGUCAUAAGCCACAGUCUGCAGCGAUUAAAGAGAUUGUUCAAAAGAUAAUUAAUAUAUUGGAUUGCAAAUCUUCAUGUGUUUCAAAUGAUUUAGUUGGUAUGGAUUCUCCUAUCCAAGAAUUAGAAAACCUUUUACUUUUGGACUCCGUUGAUGAUGUUCGUGUGGUAGGAAUUUGCGGAAUGGGAGGAAUAGGGAAGACAACUCUUGCUACUGUUUUAUUUGAUCAAAUCUCUCAACAAUUCGGUGCUUGUUGUUUUAUUGAUGAUGUAACCAAAAUUUAUAGACUACAUGAUGGUCCACUUGGUGUACAAAAGCAAAUUUUAGAUCAAACUCUCGGACAAGAGCACCAUCAGAUAUGUAAUCAUUACAACGCGACUAAUCUCAUACGGCGCAGGUUAUGUCGCCAAAGGGCAUUUAUAAUUCUUGAUAAUGUUGGUCAAGUCGAACAACUAGAAAAAAUAGCUGUGCGUCGUGAAUGGUUAGGUGCCGGUAGUAGAAUCAUUAUCAUUUCUAGAGAUGAGCAUAUAUUGAAACACUAUGGGGUGGAUGCAAUUUACCAAGUUCCUCUCUUGGAUUGGCCUAACUCUCUUCAGUUGUUGUGUCAAAAAGCUUUCAAACUUGAUCACAUUUUGAGUAGUUAUGAAGGGUUGGUUAAUGACCUACUAAGUUAUGCCGAUGGCUUACCACUUGCAAUUAAUGUAUUGGGUUCAUUUUUAUUUGGUCGAGAUGUAUCUGAAUGGAGAAGUGCAUUGGAUAGAUUGAGAGAAAAUCCAGACAAAGAUGUCAUGGAUGUGUUGCAAUUAAGUUUUGAUGGGCUAAGGGAGACAGAAAAAGAAAUAUUUCUUCAUAUUGCUUGUUUUUUCAACAUGCAUAUGGAGAAAUAUGUUAAAAAUGUUGUAAAUUGUUUUGAAUUUCAUGCUGAUAUUGGAUUAAGGGUUCUCAUUGAUAAAUCACUUGUAAGCACUGAAAAUGAAAUGAUUGUAAUGCACAAUUUGUUAGAAGAGCUAGGAAGAAAUAUUAUUGCAAAAAACACAAGCAAAGAACCCAGAGAGUGGACAAGGCUUUGGUUGGACAAACAACUCUACGAUGUUAUGUUGGAAAAUAUGGAAAAGAAUGUUGAAGCCAUAGUUUUGGAUCAUGAAUAUAAAGACUGUGAAGACUAUGAAGAUAUGGAUGCAGCGAUAUUCAAAGACUUUUCAAAUCUUAGAUUGCUCAUCUUCAAGUAUGUGAAAGUAUCGGGAAGCCUCAAUCAUCUUUCUAACAAAUUGAGAUAUAUUGAGUGGAGUGAAUAUCCUUUCAUGUAUUUGCCAUCAAGUUUUCAGCCCAAUCAACUUGUUGAGUUGAAAUUGAAGGAUAGCAGCAUCAAACAACUCUGGGAAGGCAAGAAGAAUCUGCCCAAAUUGAGAAUUUUGGAUCUGAGCCACUCCAAAAAUCUAAUAAAGAUGCCAAAUUUUGCAGAGUUCCCGAAUCUUGAGCGGCUAAAUCUGAAAGGAUGUAUUAAACUUGUGCAGUUGGAUCCAUCUAUUGGGCUUCUAAUAAAGCUUGUUUCCUUGAAUUUAAAAGAUUGCCAAAAUCUUGUAAGUCUACCAAGCAACAUAACUGGUCUCAGCUCUCUUAAAGAUUUAAAUAUGUCUGGAUGUUAUGGGUGUUUUAAAGAGUUUAACAAAACAUGGCAUUUGAAUAUAUGUGAAAGUGCAUCACAUUCCCAAUCAAUGUCCUCCAUCUACAAAUGGGCCACAAAGCCUUACCAUUCCUUGUUACCAACUCCCAUGACAAAAACAGUAAUGUUUCCUUCCUUCCUUAGCUUAUAUUGUUUGCUUGAAGUUGAUAUUAGCUAUUGUGAUUUAAGCCAACUCCCUAAGGCUAUUGGAUGUUUACGCUGGUUAGAAAUGUUAAAUCUUCGGGGGAACAAUUUUGUGACACUGCCUAGCCUUAGAGAGCUUUCCAAACUUGUAUGUUUGAACUUGGAAUCUUGCAAGCGGUUAGAAUCUUUGCCUGAGCUUCCUUUCCCUACUUCUAUCAAGCAGGAUCUUCGUAAGAGCAAAUAUCGUGCGAGAACAGGAUUGUUCAUUUUCAACUGUCCUAAAAUAAGUGAUAAGGAACGAUGCAGUAGACUGACAUUUUCAUGGAUGACACAAUUCAUUCAAGUGAACAAAGAAUACCCUGCCUUCUUCUACAUUGGUAUUGUCAUUCCAGGAAGUAACAUACCAAGUUGGGUUAGCAAUCAGAGCAUUGGUAAUUCAAUACCUGUAUCUCCCGUUAUGCAGGACAACUGCAAUAAUAUCGUUGGCAUUUUAUGCUGUGUAGUAUUUUCUUUAGCACCUCAUUAUCCAACAAUGACAAGUAGUUCUCAAUGGAGACCUCUUAUAGUACUGUGUGCACCACUAAGCCACGAUGUAUGGCUUCCGGUAAUUGUCGAUGGAGAUCUUAUUACUGUCAAAUCAAAUCACAUCUGGCUAGUCUAUAUACCUAGGGAGUGUUCUUAUGAUGUUCCAUUACUGUAUAAUCUUUUCCAAGUUCUAACUAUUAGCAAUGAAGGCGUAGAUGUGGAGGUGAAGAAAUGCGGGUAUCGUUGGGUAUAUGAACAGGAUCUACAAGAGUUCAACUUAACAACGAUGCAUCCCGGAAAUAUGUUAGCUCUGAAACGCAAGUUUUUGGCAAUUGAAGAUGAGGCACAACCACAACUACACUCAUUCAGAUGAUAGAAUAAAUCCAAGUUUUUUUGAAAUUGAAGUUUUCUGAGCUCUAAAGAUAAUACACUAUGGGAACUUGAUCAUAUCAAAAGAGAAGCUUCCGCUAUGAAUGGCCAAGGCUUGCUUCUGGAGGUAAAGAAUUGUGGUUAUCGUUGGGUAUUUAAACAGGAUCAACAUCCAUUUGGCUCACAUAACAAUGACCAGUUGCAGAAAGAGGAAUGUCAUAAGCUCAGACCUAUAACUCUUUCGGUGAUUGAAGACGAGGCACAACUAUAAUGACUUGAUUUUGAUCUCAGUUAUCAUCUGCUCAAGGGUUAGCAAGUGGCAUUGCUUUUUUUCUUCCAAUUUUGAAUGUAAUGUUUACCAAAUGAUGGUACAGUUUCUUGUAUAUUUUGUAAAUGAUACAAUUUAGAUGGCCUAUGAUCAUUGUAGUUCCCUAUAUAAAAAAGUUAUAUUUAUCCAUCUCUUCCAUUUUUGAACCAAAAACUCUUAGCCAAGCUUACAUAUUUGAAUGUUGGAACAAUGCCAUGAAAGCUGAAUUAGAAGCUCUUCAUAACACUAACAUCUGACCCAUUUAAGAUUUACUUCUUGGCCAGAAAUUUUUAGGAUGUGAAUAAUGCUUGUUUGCAUGGAGAGCCUCAAGAUGAGGUCUACAUGUUCCUACUCAGUUUGUUUCUCGCCCAGGCAAGUUCACUAUCAAGCUACAUUUCGCAUUCUUCAGUACCUCAAAAAUUCUCAAGGUAAAUGUUUGUUUUAUACUUCCAAGUCUGACAUUAAACUUGCUGGUUUUGCAGAUUCAAAUUGGGCAACUUCCCCUCCACUCGCUGAUUAGUCAGAUUAGUUUCUGGAUUGUUUGAUCAAAGAAGCAAUCCGUGGUCUCUCGCUCCAGCCCUAAAACUUAAUAUCACAUCUUGGCCAGGUUGACUUGUGACUUCCGAUGGCCGCAUUUCUUAUUUGAAGAACUGCAUGUCUAUUUCUCUCAAUGAGUUGUAGUUUAUUAUGAUAACAAAUCAGCUAUCCACAUGGAUCACAAUAACCCAAAUAUUUCAUUAAAGGAACGAAAACAUCGAGAUUGAUUGCCAUGUCAUAGAAGAGAAGAUUCAAAAUUGCGUCGUUCAUAUGCUUCUGAUUGCUUUUUCAGCUCAAAUUACCGGCAUUCUCGCACCCCCUCUUCCAUUGCUUUUGUUCUCUUUCCUUUUUUCCAAGCCUUUUCUAUGUGAUCUCCAUUGUCCAGCUUGAGGGGAGUAUUAGGAUUAGAAUUGACUUGUUAGUUUGUUUGUUUGUCAUCUAUUUUCUGUUUUAACUGUUUCAAUUUCAGCUGUUUUUCCCUUCACUUCCAAUGAUAUUUAAAUCAUUGUAUCAUCCUAUGUAGUUUCAUUUCAUUAAUACAAUUCAAUAUGAUAGAAACACAUAGUUUAAUUAGCAGAGUCUGUUUAGGCUAGUCCAACUAGAAUUGAAAUGCAUGAAGGUGAUCAAGGUCCUUCGUAGUUUCAGAAAUACAAUUCAAUAUGAUUGAAAAACAUAGUAUAAUAUGCAAUUGAUUUGGUUGUUUAACUGUGGAGGACAAAAUAUAUCACCAUUUGACAACUUCUAUGACAAUUGUUUAAGUUGUUAACGUACUUCAAAUAGGUGGUUACUAACAUUCAUUAGAUGGUCACUGAAUAUAUCGAGUGCCGAUACUCAUUAACCAUCACUUUAACUUUAUUAAUCAUGGAUUUAGAUGUGAUGAACCACGAUUUUCAGGAAUUGAACACUUGAAAAUUAUGGUUAGUUAAAGAGUUUGACACUUAAUAUAUAUUUACGAAUUUGAACUGUGUUAACCACUUGACAAAUGAUUGCAAAAGUUGUCAAAAUUUGGUCGACCAAAAACCAUUUUUCGAAUCAAAAUUAGU